AUGUUCAGAGCAGUGUUUGGAAACAAAAGAGAAGAUGGAGGGAAACGCCGAGAUAAGAAAGGCAAACGAACUCCAGGUGACGAAGUCUACAGCCAUAAUACGUUGCAGGUGGGAAGUGGUGGCAAACAUCUCCAGGAUCGAGGCAGAGUCCGCGCCGGAAGCCCAGGAAAACGUCUGAGGUUGACCAAGGGUGUGUCCAUAUCUUUGCCCUCCUCCCCUCUGCUCCCCCGCCAGUCCUUCAUCGUACCCUCACACUCCAGUGUCAAGUCCCCAGGACUGAUAAAGAAGCUGGAGUACGUGGAUGGCUCUUCCUAUCCGAGAGAAGCUCUUGUCUUUGCCUCGUGUCGUAGCAAGGCAGACCAGAGAGACGUCCACGUGGACCCCCAGCUAGGGUCCUCCCUUUCUACCCAGGAACUGAUGACCAGACUAUGCUUCUUACUGGGAGAAGCAACCCCUGGCACAGCUAGCUCUCCUAUGGAGGACAAGAGGGAAAAAAAGUGUGAGACCCCCGCCCAGGGGGGGAGUCCCAGCUCCACUCUGACCUGCAGCACUGCAUCGCCCUCUUCAGAAAGCCCCUCUUCCACUCUGAGCACUUGUGCCGGUGGGCAGCCGGUGGGCCUUCCUCUGCCGGUAGUGCCCUGCUGUGGCUCCAACAUCAGCCCCUGUGGGACUCUGUCCAGCCCCACACCCAACCCGGCCCCUGGCCCUGGCCCCGGACAGUUCGCUGGUAACACAACCGGCUCGGUUCAAAGCCCAACUUCCACGCUGGAGAGCAAAGAUAGUGGAAUCAUAUCCACCAUCACGAGUUCUUCUGAGAAUGAGCGGCGUAGCUGCUCCAGUGUGGAUCUGGUCAAGGAUGACAGCCCUGGAGUUGGGGUUGCAGGCCACGUACACGAGGACUGCCCUCCUGGACCUUCCAGAGACAAUCCGACCGCCCCAAAAGAUGAGGCCUUACCUCGAACCGACAUCAAUCAACCCAGGACUCCGCCCCCACCGAAGAGACCCCUCCCACAACGCCACACACAUUGCACCUCCUCCCUUGUGAUGCCCCGUCCAAACUCUGUGGCUGCAACCAGCUCCACUAGACUGGAGGAUUUGAGUUAUUUGGACAACCAAAGGGUGGCCGGACAAAGAUGCCCCAUUCGCAAACAUAAUACAGCAGGGCGCACGAACGAUGACUCCAGAGCGAGACUGGCACCGUUCAAGCAGGCUGACAUCAUGCUUAAGCCGCUCUUGUUUGAGGUCCCCGGCGUCACCGCAGAGACGCCCUUUGUGGGCCGCGACUGGCUGUUCGCACGGCUGGAGGAGGUCCUGAAGAAGAAUAAAAGCUGCGAGGGCCGCGGCGCAGUCAUCGUGGGCAACGCGGGGUCUGGCAAGACGGCCAUCGUCUGGCGGCUGGUGACACUCAGCUGCCACGGGAGGCGCUCGCCACAGGGGGGCGCCGCCUCACGUAGCCCCCGCUCCUCCCCUAAAUGUGGAGAUAGGCAGAGUGCUCCUACUGGGGCUGCAGAUCCCACCGCAGACAGAAAGGAAGCUGUCAAAUGCCUGGCUGCCAAGGUCGUAGCCUACCAUUUCUGUCAGGCUGAUAACACCUACACCUGCCUAGUGCCCGAAUUUGUCCAUAGUGUCGCCGCCCUGCUGGCCAGAGCACCACAGCUCACCCCCUACAGAGAGCUGCUGGUGCAAGAACUUCAUCUACAGAACACACUCAGUCUGCGCUCCUGUGUCCAAGACCCCAUCUCGGCCUUCCGCAAGGGUAUCCUAGAGCCCCUCGGCAGACUACGCAAGGAGAGGAAGCUACCAGACGAAGACUACGUCAUUUUGGUCGACAGUCUCAAUGAAGCAGAGUUCCACAAACCCGACUAUGGAGACACCAUUGCCACCUUUAUCACCAAGAUCAUGUCCAAGUUUCCCUUCUGGCUCAAGAUGGUGGUCACAGUUAGGACGGGCCUGGUGGAAAUCACCACUCCUCUACCCUUUUCCGGCAUUUCUCUGGACAUCCUACCCGACAGCAGUGAUCUGGGAGCUGAUCUCAGUGACUACAUCCAGCACCGAGUUAGCAGCAGCCCCCAGGUCGCCGCUAAUGUCACUACACCAACAGGUUCUGCCCCCGACCCGCUGCUCCUCAGCAAGUUUAGCAGUCACCUGUGCACCCGCAGCCACGGCUCCAUUCUCUACCUACAGCUGAUCCUGGACCUGUUCCAUAAGGGUCAUCUGACAAUUAAAGGAGGGAACUACUUGGUGGUACCUGUCUCCCUGUCAGAGGUGUACCUGCUGAUGUGCCGCGUGAGCGUCCCAGAUGGAGAGGUCUUUGAACGGGUACUGCCAGUGCUAAACGUGGCGCUGGCAUCUCUGCACCCACUGACCGAUGAACAAAUGUUCAGGGCGCAGAAUGCGGGCAGCGUGAAAGGGGAGAUGGAAUGGGAGGAUUUUCAGCAGAGACUGGACAGCUUGUCCAGAUUCAUGGUGAGACGCAGGGACGGCACACGCAUGCUGUGUCACCCCUCCUUCAGAGAGUGGCUGGUGUGGAGGGCAGAUGGAGAGAGCAACGACUUCCUCUGCGAUCCCAGGAGUGGCCAUGCUCUCCUGGCCUUUAUGUUCUCGAGGCAGGAGGGGAAGCUGAACCGACAGCAGACCAUGGAGCUGGGACAUCACAUCCUCAAAGCCCACAUAUUCAAGGGUUUGAGUAAGAGGACAGGAGUAUCCUCCAGUGUUCUGCAAGCCUUGUGGGUGAACUGCAGCACAGACAGUUUGUCUGCUGCGCUGGCUUCUCUUAGAAACCUCUACACACCUAACAUCAAGGUGAGUCGUUUGCUGAUGCUAGGUGGUGCUAGUGUGACCUGGUGUACGGAGGUGCUAGGCCAUUCCCCCAUCCUGGGGGUUCAUGCUCACCUGGGACACUUGGAGAUGGUGGCUUUGUUAAUUGAAAUGGGAGCCCCUGUAGAUGGGGCCACUGACAGCGGCAUGACACCUCUCUGUCUGGCCGCUGCUGCCGGACAUGCUGACCUAGUCAGCCUGCUCUGCAAGAAAGGAGCCAAGAUGAGCCAUAUUGACAAGAAUGGUCAGUGUCCUCUGGUCCAUGCUGGGCUGAGGGGCCACACAGAAAUCAUCAACAUCUUGUUGGGCCAAGAAUGGGGACCUGAGAAUCCCACUGACCCUCAGCACCAAACCUGCACCCAGACUGAGGCCGGGAAGAGCCAGGUGGUACAGCAGACUCUCACAGCUGCCUGUAGUGUGGGAAACAUGCAGGUGGUGCAGAGUUUGCUGGAGCUGAAUGAUGAACAGCUGGCUGUGCAGAUGGACAUUCAUGACUCUCUCUGGGGAGAAACAGCGCUGAGCGCAGCAGCGGGGAGGGGGAGGUUUGAGUUGUGCGUAUUCCUCCUGGAGCGGGGCGCAGGCCCGGAGCUACCCAAUCGAAGGGGAAUGGUCCCACUACUCACCGCCGCUAAACACGGACAUGCACAGGUGGCAGAGUUGCUGCUGAAGCACGGUGCAAAUGUGAACGUGAGUGACAAGCAGGGUCGCACCGCGCUGAUGCUGGCUUCCACCGAGGGCCACCUGAGCACUGUCGAGCUGCUGCUGUCAAAGGGUGCCUCUGUAUCCUCCACGGAUCAAGAAGGACUGACUGCGCUUGGCUGGGCCUGUCUGAAAAGCCAGAAGAGUGUGGUGCAACUUUUGGUGGAGCGAGGGGCAGAUGUGGACCAAGCAGACAGACAAGGGCGGACUCCUCUCGAUCUGGCUGCUCUCAAUGGGGACGCAGAAACAGUGCAUUACUUGGUGGGUCAUGGGGCAGUGCUGGAGCAGGCUGAUAGCAGUGAUAGCAGAGCUUCAGACCAGACUUCAGGCUGUCAGAACCCUGCUCUUGUGGCCUCGCUGCUGAAGAAAGGAUCCAAGUGUCCAAAAGGCUACAGAACAGCACCACAUGAUCGAUCAGGUCACGCUACAUGGGCAAUGGCCUCCUCAAAACCAGAUAUUCUCCUGAUCCUGCUGCAGAAGCUGAUGGAGGAGGGCAACAUGCUCUACAAGAAGGGACGCAUGAAGGAGGCAGGCCAGCGAUACCAGUAUGCCCUGAGAAAGUUUCCCCGCGAAGGUCCGGGAGAGGAGCUGAAAGGACUGAAAGAACUGCGGGUCUCCCUCUAUCUCAACCUUUCCCGCUGUCGCAGGAAAACCAACGACUUUGGCAUAGCUGAGGAGUUUGCAACAAAGGCCUUGGACCUCAAGCCAAGGUCUUAUGAAGCAUAUUAUGCAAGAGCACGUGCCAAAAGGAGCAGCAGGAAGUUUGCUGCAGCACUGGCAGACCUCAACGAGGCGGUGCGCCUUUGCCCCUCCAACCGAGAGAUCAGGCGCCUCCUGGCUCGGGUGGAGGAGGAAUGUCACCAUCAUCAGAACAAGAUGCCCGGCAACAGCCCACCGCACGGGUACGACCAGGAACCCCACUCCCACCACCAUCAACCCACAGAGGGCGACGCAGACAUCUAUUCGCAGGGAAGCCCAGAAAGACAAAGUCCCAUUGAUCCAGUGGAUGUUGAGAGAGAUUACCAGGAGGGAGAGGGAGAGGGGCCGGCCCUACAAAGUGGAAAAAGCCCAGAAUACUGGCCUCUGAAUCCAUAUGCUCCCAACAGGACACUCCAUGGAAGUGUGGCCUUUGGUGGAGCAGAUCAAGCACCAUGUUUUCCUCAAGAGGAGUCCAUACAGAACCAGCAGUUCAUGGACAUUCCAGCACCUAUCCCUCUGACAAACAGACAGACCCAGAACCAGGGCAGCAGAGCUCAGCACCACUGCCAUUCGCUGCAGACCGGAGGUAGAGUUGGGGGUAGGCCCCUCUCUCUGUGCGGCCCCUCCAGCCCCCUACCAGGCAGACACAUCUCCACCUCCCUGAGGCCUACCCCAGUGCUGGGCAUUGACAUCGGCCCUGUACCAGUCACGACCAACGAACCCUCUGGGCACAGCCCCACAGAACACUACCACCUGAUCUCGCCCAAAAACUCUUCUCCCCCUGGCCCCACCCAACCCGUCCAAUCCUACCAGCCCCGCUCCUCCAGCUUCUCCAGGGGCUCUGAGAGACUCUCCACCCACUCCAUGGCUCUGGAUAGCUUUUCUUUGGCUCUGGGAUCUGGUAUGGAGGUCAGGAGGGAGGGUGGUGGGAGCUCUGUGGGCACAGCAGAUUCAAGGGGCUCCAGCUCAAGUCAGGCCUCCAGCGGGACCCUGUCGGACAGUGGCAGACAACAUGUGCCGGAUGCCCCACGCAUAACCAAGAGCAGUGGUAGUUUCAAGGGCAAGCCUGAGAUAAAACCCCGGCCCUUCAUGGGGGUGAUGGACAAGGCUGUGCGAGUACAGGGCCAGCAGUCCUCUGGGCUUGGCCGUCAGGGGCCAGGGCAGUCCCCGGGUGGAGGAGGACCAGAAAGUUUCAACAUGUCCGUCAUGGACUUUCAAAUCAUGAACAAUGAGUUCAAGAGGGCCUCAUACCAAGAGUCGUCCCCUGGAAGUCAGCCCAACAGCCAGCAGCAAGGCAGGGAGUUUGGAGAGAGACUCCACCAGCGAGAGGCCAGAGCCACUGUGUCCUCCCACCUCCGCUUUCCUGAUGGGAGGCACAGACAGGCCAGUCUCACUAGAGACAACCCAGUCCUUCACAUGGCUCCCAUCAAACCCAAGCGCUCCUUCAUAGAGUCCAAUGUCUGA